AUGAAUCAAGGCGAGCAAACAGGAGUAAUCAUCUCCACGGCCGUCGUGGCCGUCCUCACAGGCUACGCUUUCGGUAUCUAUACCAUCCGUGGCUAUCUCAUUUCGCCUUCCCUAGUCGAAGAGCGUCGGCGCGCCCUGCACGAUCCUGUCGAGAGCGACGAAAGCGAUGUUGACGAAGACGAUACUGUGCUCGACCAUGCACCCAACUGGGCCAACGGCCCCGACGCCGAUCGCAAGCAGGGCUUGAAGGCUGCCGAUGAGGAGAAGAAGGAGCCUGUUGUUAAGGAUAACGGCGAGGAGUGCAAGCUUGUUCUUGUCGUGCGAACAGAUCUCGGCAUGACAAAGGGCAAAAUCGCUGCUCAAUGCUCCCAUGCUACCCUCGCAUGCUACAAGUCUCUCGUCCGCGCUCCCGCCAACUCUCCCCAAGCCCAGAUCCUCAAGCGAUGGGAGCGUCUCGGCCAGGCCAAGAUCGCUGUGCAAGUCAAGAGCCAGGACGAAAUCCUCGAGCUCCGACGCAAGGCACGAUCUCUGGGUCUCACUGCUGAAGUGAUCCAGGACGCUGGCCGAACACAGAUCGAGGCGGGUAGCAUGACGGUGCUGGGCGUUGGACCUGCUCCUCGCAGCCUUGUCGACCAGGUCACUGGUGGACUGAAGCUGCUCUAA